CUAUCGAUCAAUCUAUAGGGAUCGAGAUCGAUCCAUGCCUUCGCCCUCGGUUCGCAGUCGCCCGCCAGCCAUUACCGCCGCUGUUGCCAGCUCCGGCGACGUCUCGCCGUGGGCGACCCUGCACGGGGAUCUGGUGCGCCUCGUCGGAUGGCGGGUGCUCGCCGUGGACCUGCUCGACUACGUCCGCCUCCGUGCCGUCUGCCGGUACUGGCGAUCCAGCACCGUCACCCCGCUCGGCCGUGGAAUCAUCGAUCCGCGGUUUCACCCGCGCCGGUGGAUGAUGCUGCCCGAGGGGCACGGGCUCCAUCCCCGUGAAGAUGCCAAGAAACGUUUCUUCAACCUGUCCAGUGGAGUCUUCGUCCGCCCUCGACUUCCGCUUCUCAAAUAUCACUUUGUCCUCUGCCCAGCGGACGGCCUCCUCCUCCUCCUGCAGGGGCAGCAAUACCACCGAUGCAACCGUGUGCGUCUUCUCCACCCCUUCACCGGCGACGUUGUGGAGCUCCCGGCAAACAUAAUUCUCCCAGCAGACAUGACUCUCCCAGAAGAAUUGCGAGCACACUCGAUACCACCAACCGAUGCAUUCGCCGCUGUGAGCACGAGUCCGGAUGGAGUCCUUGGGGUCAUGGUCGCGUUUAAGAAUUCAUCGUUUGUAGUCUUUGCUAGCACAAGGGAGGAGCGGUGGGGUUUCUUUGCCUUUGGCUUCUAUCCACAUGCAAGCCCAUUAUCAUUCAAAGGAGAACUUUACAUGAUGCAGGAUCAAAUAUCUGCAGCUGGCUGGGAACUAAAUAUUCUCCGGUUUGACCCACCUUGGCAAGAGCAUUCAACAGUAUCAGGUUUAGCUCCGUCUUCCUUGUUGUCACCCAAGUUGGUUGCCACAUGUUCGGCGCAUAUAAUCCACUCGCCCGAGCUGGUAGAAUGCGACUCCGAGAUCCUGAUCGUUGGCUAUAGAAAAGUGACGGAGAUGAUCAUUUACAGACUAGCUGAUCUUGCCCGAGGAAAGAUUGUCCCAGUAAAAAGCAUAGGUGGCAAUGCUCUUCUGUUUGGUACUAAAGGGAACCCGAGUUUUAGUUUGUCGGCGGUGCCUACCAUCACGGGUGAUACCAUUGUGGUUGCAAAUUGCAUCCCUGACAAAUAUAUCUUGCAAUACCACCUCAGCAGCGACACCUGGUCAGCUAGAGUUGGGGGAUGUGCAGAACAUGGUUGCAACAUGGAGUGUACUUGUAGCCUCAUUAACCAUAUGUGCAAUUCAUGUCAUUGCGUUUUUAAGUGAACCCGGAAUAAUCAGCCAGAGCAGCUGGAAUAAUCAUUCUAUUGCCAACAAUAAUGCCAGGCAUAUAUCCGCGCUAAUUGGAGCAUCAGCGUGAUAUGUCUGGAGUAAGUUAAAUUUGAACUGUAACACCUUGGAUCUUCUACCGGCGCUCGCCAUGGAGCAGCAUUGUUUGCUUCACAACAGGGACUAGGUUAGUAGCUUAGUUUCAUCACCUAUAAUGGUUGACAUCGUUGGCUGCCUUCUUCUGAUUUUGGAGCCAGUUGAGUAAUACAUAU